AUGGCUGUCGUGAACGAGCCCAACAAUGACCAAAAUGGAAAGGUCGAUGUUCUGACCAUAGAGGUGGCAGACGAUGGUUUGCUCAACGGGCAUGGUGGCGAUCAUGGUCACAUAGCAGCAAAUGGGAUAGUCAGUGACGACAACAUUGCUGACAAAAUCGUGCUGAACGGCGAUGUCGCAUUCCAAAAUUUGGGAGACGAUGCAAAACUCUUUCGACAGGCAGCCAAAUCGUUCUUGACAGUUCAUCGGGAAGAAAUUGCACAUCGAGAUACCCAGAUACAGGAGCUUCGUGCUGAGUUGCUUCGUAUCCAGAAGACAUGUGUCCUGCAAGAAAACAGCGGCGAACGUGCAGAUGUCCAAGACAUUGACAUCGAGGAUGCUGUCAAAGAACCACCAGGAUCAAAUGUCGCGGAGAGUAAAAUCCUACCUGAGAUUGCUAUGAAUGGUGAAGAUGCAUCUCUGAAAAGUGUUAAAAGAUCCCCUGAGAGUGUCUUUGGGUUGAAUGAUCUCAUUCAGGACGAUACUGACAAAGUAGUCCAUGAAAUUGAGGGCAUCUGGGAUAGAUGCAUCACGGCGGUGCAACGUGUUUUGAACGACGAUCUCCCCGAAGACUACCUUUCGAAAUGGAAUUCGACACACUGGACAAUUCUGAAGGAGAAACUGCCGAGAAUAGGUGCAAUCUCUCAGAUAAGUUCAAAUACUGGACCGGCAAAAAGGAUGCGGGCAAUGGUUGCCAUGGCUGUAGUAGCACAAUCACUGGAAGAGUACAUACUCACCCCAAAUUACCUUCUUGAGGAAGAUGAUGAACUGAGGUACAUCCUGCGGUCCCUUGUGGACAUUCCAAGAAAGAAUACUCUCCGAAGUCUCCUUCUGUCGGUUUCUGAAGAAGCGAACAGAAAAGAAGAAGUUAAGAGAAGUCGAGUGUCUGCUUCGCUCGAGGAUAUCACACAAACCCUUGAGUUGCUACUUCCUGGAGAAGUUUUGGCAAAGCUCACCUCUGACCUGGACCAGGAAUUGACAAACGUGAUAUCGCAAUGGGAGCCGGUGCAGCGGUAUCAGAGCCAUUACGAAGUGAAUGCUGCUGUAAGCCACACUCCUUGGGACUGGAAAUCUGUCUCAUUCACGGAUGAUGGCUUCUCCUUGCUUGACGUCAAUUCAGCAGAAUUUGCCGAAGACGAGGCAGUCCUGGUCGUGUUUCCCCGAGUUUGCACUCUUGAUCGCUCGAGGAAACCGUCAUAUACAGCAGUGUUUCCUGGCAUUGUGCUUCAGAAAUCUCAAACUGCGUUGAAAGAUUGUGAUUUGCAACAAGCACCAGCCGAUGUCACUACUGAAGCAAUCGUGGAGGCAGAUGCCACGGAGGCUGGAGAUUCUACAAUAGCAGCGGAGAAUAAUUCAACUGAACAAGGCGAGACAAGUCAGGUGACUGUGACUCAAGAGGGUGAACCAGAAGGAAAUAAGUCUGAGUUAGCGAUGGUUGAACAAAACGUGUCAGAAAGUUAA